AUUCUUCUUCUUCUUCCUCGCAUGCUUCAUAACUCAUCAUUGAGAAAAUGGAAUCCCCAAAAGACCGCAGCAAGUGCAAUCCCAGCGAGGAAAGUAGUAUUGCUGUUUCUUUUCAAUUAGACCCUUUGGUUUCCUCUAAUGGAAAUAACAAUCCAAGUGAAAACAACCCUCAAGAACAGCAACGUAAGCCCAACACUAACAACGAAAACAACAAGAGCAGCAAAGCGUUGGCCAAGGGUUCAUCUCUGAUGCUUGCUAGUAUUAUCAAGGACUUCGAUUCUAAAGCUCAGGAUACUCUCAAAAGUCAGGACCACCUCAAUUGCAUCAUAGAUCGUCAUACCCGAGAGCUCGAUCAAUUGUUAGAAGAUGCGCUCUUGCCGUUCGUUAUGCAACAUGCUGCAAAGAUUUCAGGAGUUAGAAUGAGAGUUUCGUCAUUGAACUCUCUCUUAAAAUCUAUACAACGCCGUAUCGAUAAUAUUGAUCUGAUUCUAUCUGUGAGCUCCCCACAAGACAAACAAUCACACGGUCAAUGUGUUCACUAACUUCUACCUCUUGCUUCUUCCAGCUGCAAAAUAGCUAAUUUGCCAUGGCGAUGACAAGAGGGGAGUGGCCUUAAAGAAGGGCAAGUUCAGGGCAAAUGCUCAACGAAAGUUUACUCAUUAUUCACCUUCUAUUUGUUAUGUUAUCCUAUCGUUGUGGUCUUUGAAAGAUACUCUACUUCUAAAGGAUAGUGAUUACUAUCAAACUAGACAUCCCAUUGAAAAUAUUGCUAAACCUACAUUGUCUUUAACUCUUUCACAAACUGUUACUGUGAGCUUCUUCUAUUGCUUCAUGUGCUUCCUCAUUGAUUAUGGUUGAUAUUAUCUCGUUAACAGCUCUGCUGAAACUUCAUUGGUUUUGCAAGUUUGAAGUAAAUUUUGAUUUUCUUUCUCUUAU